GGGGAACAGUAUCUACAGGCUGGUUGAAGUUAAGCGGUUUGCCAGAGAAUCCCGUAGUCUGUCAGUGAAAACAGUUACGCGAGCGAGGUCCGGUUUGUGAGUAUCGUGGUGAUCGUGGAAUUCGGAGAUCGUGCGUGCCAAAAGAUCCCGGAUCGAAGAGACAAACACGCCGAAAUAAGAAAGAUAAACGAGAAAUCUCACUAACUUGCAUCUAAGUGCAUUUCGAGAGGAUUCGUAUAAAGGGUCCGUAAUUGCCUUAAUGAAUAGCUAGGAACGUUCGCGUAAACGGACAGAACGAAGAGGAAAAAUCAAGAGAAGAAGUUGGAAGCAUGACGAGCGUAAGGCAAAUUCUUCGCUGCACCCAAAGGCUGAUGCAGCUACAGGAGAGUGGGGCGAAACUUUUAAACCGGUCUGUUAGAUGCGCGUCCACCCAGGCGCGACACAAAAUCAUCGAGGAUGAAAACGGGAAAAAAAUUUUCCCCUCGCCGUAUGGCGAUGUUACUCAUUGCGAGAUGCGCAUUCAGGAGUUCAUCUGGAGGAACAUCGACAAACAUGCCAAUAAGACUGCUCUGGUAUGCGCGGUGACCGGAAGGAAGUAUACGUACAGCGAAACUAGGGACGCGGCUAAUUAUGUGGGGAGAAGUUUGUUGAACAUGGGCCUGAAGAAGCGUGACGUGGUUGCCCUAGUGGCACCCAAUUAUCCAGAAACGAUUAUAUCGUUCCUCGGCACCGUGGAUGCUGAUCUCAUCGUGACCACUGUCAAUCCAUUUUACACAGCCGAUGAAAUUAAAAGGCAGUUGAAGGAUUCUGGGGCGAAGGCGGUGAUUACCGUGGCGGAAAUUGCACGGACCACGCUGGAAGCUGCGACCGGUGCGCUUCCGCCUGGAUCACCCUUCAUAGUCAUCGAGGAUGGUACUGGACCCAUUCCCGAAGGCACUAUACCGUUUAAGGAUCUGAUUGAACGUGGCAAAAGUUUGCCUGCUUUAAAACUAUCUGACGCGUCUAUUCAUGAUAUGGCGGUCUUGCCGUAUUCCAGUGGAACGACUGGAUUGCCAAAGGGUGUUAUGUUAACACAUAGAAAUAUUGUUUCCAAUAUGGAGAUGGUGGAUCGAACGGCUAAAGGAAAAAUGUGGGUGGAAGCGUCAGAAAGUUUCCAAGAAAUAUUGCCCAUGGUUCUACCAUUCUUCCAUAUCUUUGGAAUGAACGUAAUCGUUUUACCACGUCUCGCAGAAGGCACCCAAAUAAUCACUGUCCCUAAAUUUACACCCGAGUUGUUUACCACAGUUCUAGCCAAGUACAAGUCUACAGGUCUGUUCGUCGUGCCACCGGUACUUUUGUUCCUGAAUGCGUCGCCGUUUAUCAAAAGAGAAUACUUGGAAAACAUGCAUCACGUAAUCAGCGGAGCGGCGCCCUUAUCAAAUCCGGACGUCGAGAGAUUUUAUGCGAAGUUUCAGAUAGAUAAUAGUAAAUUAAAGUUCUGUCAAGGAUACGGAAUGACGGAAACAUCGCCAGCCAUUUGCUUAGAAACGACUGGCCAGAAGCCAGGUAGCAUCGGGAAGAACGUAGCCGGAUGCGAUGUUAGAUUAGUCGAUCCAAUUACCAACGAAGAUAUUUCUAGUCCCGGUCAAACUGGUGAACUCUGGGUGAGGGGUCCUCACGUUAUGAAAGGGUACUUAAACAAUGAGGCCGCCACCAGGGAGAUGAUCGUCGAGAACGGAUGGCUGAGAACCGGCGAUAUAGCUUAUUACGAUGAAGAUUUUGAUUUCUUUGUCACAGACAGAUUGAAAGAGUUGAUCAAAGUCAAAGGAUUCCAGGUAGCACCAGCGGAACUGGAAGCCUUGUUAAGAAUGCACCCAGACGUACAGGAAGCAGCCGUGGUUGGUAUUCCGGAUGAAAGGUGCGGCGAGGUGCCGAAAGCUUACAUUUUGCCUAAAAAAGACGCGAAACCAAACGUAGAGGACAUUCAGAACUUCGUGAAGGGAAAAGUAUCCGACUACAAGGAACUUCGAGGAGGCGUCAUGAUCGUAAACAACAUACCGAUUAGCCCGAGCGGAAAGAUCCUGCGAACGCAGUUGAAGAAUCAGUACAAAUAAUGAACGUAUCUCGGCGUAUGUUUUCUUUAGAAGAGAGAAUUUCUCGCGUCAGUUCUUGAUUAACAGUUCACACGUUGACAAUCAUGACAAGAGAAACGACAAUGCUAUUAAAAAUGGUUCUAGAUACCAUUCGUUGGGAAAUUGAUGGUCGUGAACGGAGAACCAUGUGACUGUUAGUCGAGACACGGAAGAGGAAGCGUUAAUUACGCUAAUUGGCAAACAACCACGCGUGCAAUCGAUAUUUUUUUACGGAUAUUUUACACGAUGUUACACGACGUCGAUGGUAUACCAUUUUUUUUUUCUUUUCCUUAUCGAUAAAGGCCUUUGCCAUUCGUGAACGGUGGUCUAGAUUUUAACGAAAACUCCUGCAGCGAGGGUAAACAACGUAAGAAAAGAAAAAAAAAAAAAAUAACGGGUCAGGAUUUGAUGUAUACCUUUUUAAUACUAUUUGAUAUAUUUCCUAAUGUUUAUCUAUGGUGCUAUCUCUGACAAUGCAAUUAAUUCUUAAGGCACGUAUUUUACGUACUGGAUCAUAAUGAUAUGUAAUUUUUAUAGGCCAUUUGUACCAUAAAGUAGCAGGUGUUUUAAGCAAUAAAAUCUUUUACAACAGCGUUAUCAUAAA